GAGGAGGAGGAGGAGGAGAACGAGGAGGAGGAGGAGGAGGAGGGAGGGAGGCCGCCCGCCCUGCUCCUCCGGGGGCCGCGGCGCCGAGGAUGCGGCAGCCGCCGGGCACCGCGGGGCUGUAGCCGCCCGCCGCCGCCCGCGGCCCCGGAGCCCGUGGGAUGUGCCCGCCGUCGGCUGGGUGCUGCUGGUGCUGUAGGUUUUCGUCAGAGCUGGCCAUGAUGUUACGGUUCGUGGUUGGAGCCCUCUUCCCAGCGCUGCUUCUGGCUGCACCGCCCCCCAUAAACAAGCUCGCCCUCUUCCCAGACAAGAGUGCUUGGUGCGAGGCGAAGAACAUCACCCAGAUCGUGGGGCACAGCGGCUGCGAGUCCAAGUCCAUCCAGAACAGGGCCUGCCUGGGACAGUGUUUCAGCUACAGCGUCCCUAACACCUUCCCUCAGUCCACAGAGUCCCUGGUUCACUGCGACUCCUGCAUGCCAGCCCAGUCCAUGUGGGAAAUUGUGACACUGGACUGCCCAGGCAAUGACGAAAUCCCCAGGGUUGACAAGCUGGUGGAGAAGAUACUUCAUUGUAGCUGCCAGGCUUGCGGCAAGGAGCCAAGCCACGAGGGAGCCCUGUUCAACGUCUACCUGAACACAGAGGAGAACAUGCCUGCGGAGGGCCCCAGCCCCCAUCACUAUGCCCACCACCAACAGGAGGUGGAAGAACCUCCUGCUUCCAGCCACCACCACCACGAGGAGGAGGGCGAUGAGUAACCUGGCCCUCACGGACUGUCCUUGCAGCUGGCAGCGCGGGCAGGGGGUGUGUGCGAGGGAGAGGGCCAGGGUUUGGGGAGGGAGGGGGGUGGUGGAGUUUUUCCUGUCUAAUAGCUACCCUCACGCUUUGCUCUCCACAAUACCCCAGGGCCGGAGGAACGUUCUGAGGCACAAGCAGGGCUGAGGUGCAGGCAUGGGGCUGGAGCUGCAGGGCAAGAGAGGAGGGCUGGGGGGGGGGGCUCUGAUGCAAAACUACUUGCACAUAAUAGUAAUAAUAAAUUGAGAGGACCGGGAACCCCGGCAGAGGGGGCAUUGGCUGAGAGCAGGAGCUGAGCUGGGCUCUCCAGACACUGUCUGCAGGAUCCUGAACCUGCUGUGGUGCCCUUGCUGAGUUUUCUGGGUUUUUCUAUUGCAAAUGGCUCUUGCCUGAGGUGGAGGAAGAAGGGAUGCAGCUUCUCCACAGCCCCACAUGAGAGGCACAUCUCUGUUGGGGCAUGCAGGAUGGGGAUAUCCCUUCUUCCUCCCACCUCCCCUGCCUGCCUAGGGACACCUGGGCACAGCAAGGAAGUGCUGUUCCUCCUGGCACUUGCUGGGUCUUAAUUCAAUCCCAGUGCCUUUGUGUUAGGAAGCUUGUAGGGAGUAUUUUUUCCCCUGGAUUUGCCUCUGGGGCUGUGUGUGAAAUUGCUGGGAACUGCGGUGGUGAGAGCCCUUUCCUUGCUGGUCCUCAGGGUCACCACGUAGCUCACAGGGACGAGGGAGCUGCAUCAUGCCAUGGGCGCUGGGGCUUCGCAUUUUGUGGCCUGUGCUGGGGUGGUCUGGGUGGGAGCCAGCCCCUCUUCCCCCUUUCCCUGCUGCACUUUAAUUGUGGUGGAGGGAGAAAGGGGACGAGUCCCAGGAUGCUGGUGUACCCUCACAGGGGACUGCUGUGGACCCUGCUGCAGAUGCAGGUCUGGGGAGGCUCAGGGUGGGGGAAUGGCCCCAGGCCCCUCCUGCUACCCCUUUCUCUGUUGUAUAAAGCUAAUUUCUUUGGCACUGUCCUGACAAGAGCUUCCAAAGCUUGUAAUCGAUGCCUCCCCCUCCUUUUUACAAGUUUUUUUUUUUUUUUUUCUUAAAUAAAUUAGUUGUGACUUCCA